UUCAUACAGUUAUCAGUGACUUCCAAUCGAUUUUAGCUCGUCAACAAUAUUGAAAUAAAAUGCCUAACACAAACACUACGAAAUACACAGCAAAAGAAGAGCUUCCUGAUUUAUCAAAGCACAAUAAUCACAUGGCAAAAUGCUUGACUGAAGAUAUUUACAAGAAAAUGAGAUCUCGCCAAACUCAGAAUGGAUUCAGUAUCGAUAACGUUAUCCAAACUGGAGUCGAUAAUCCAGGCCACCCAUUCAUCAUGACUGUCGGAUGUGUAGCGGGAGAUGAAGAGUCGUAUGAAACGUUCGCUGAAUUAUUUGAUCCAGUGAUUCAGGCUAGACACAACGGAUAUAAGAAAACAGAUAAACAUAAGACAGAUCUCAAUCCGGAACAUUUAAAGGGAGGAGAUUGCUUGGAUGAAAAAUACGUUCUUUCAUCUCGUGUACGAACUGGAAGAAGUAUCAGAGGUUUGUGUCUUCCACCACAUUGUAGCCGUGCAGAGAGACGAAAAGUGGAAGAAAUAUCUUGUAAAGCUCUCGGAAAACUCGGUGGUGAACUAAACGGAAAAUAUUAUCCGCUUUCAAAAAUGACAGAUAAGGAACAAGAGCAAUUAAUAGAUGAUCAUUUUCUUUUUGAUAAACCUGUUUCACCGUUGUUACUCUCCGCUGGAAUGGCGCGCGAUUGGCCCGAUGCAAGAGGAAUAUGGCACAACGACAAGAAGAACUUCCUUGUUUGGAUAAAUGAGGAGGAUCAUCUAAGAGUGAUUUCAAUGCAGAAAGGUGGAAACAUGAAAGAAGUCUUCACCCGAUGGUGUCAAGGAUUAGGAGAUAUUGAAAAGCAUAUGAAAGAUCUCGGGCGUGAAUACAUGUGGAAUGAACAUCUUGGUUACAUUCUUACAUGUCCAAGUAAUCUGGGCACAGGAGUUCGUGCUGGUGUUCACUUGAAGAUUCCACUGUUUUCUCAACAACCAAAAUUCGAUGAAGUGCUUAAGAAACUUCGUUUGCAAAAACGUGGUACAGGCGGCGUUGACACUGCCGCUGAAGGAGGUACCUUUGAUAUUUCGAAUGCUGAUCGUCUCGGAUUCUCUGAAGUCGAACUUGUACAAAUGGUUGUGGAUGGAGUCGAAUUUAUGAUCGAAUGUGAAAAGAAGUUGGAACAAGGUCAAAGUAUUGAAGAAGAUAUCCAGCAACUUAAACAGAAAUAACCUCGAUUGAUAUAUAUAUAUAUAUAUAUAUUUGUAUUCUGUAAUCGUAACAAUUGAUUCUAUCUUGUUAUGUAUAUGUUGUGGUCAAAUUCAGUAGUUAUAACAUUCUUAAAGUUAGUUCACAUUUACUACAUUUUAUUAUACGACAUUAUGACACAUAAUUUUCAGCAAUAGUGUACUAUUUCUUUAUAUUGUCGUAUAAACAGUAAUAAUAAAUUGCAAAAUACACUCAAUUUGAAUAUUUUCAGUUCAUAUUUAAACUGUAUCUGCUUAUAUAUAAGUUUAUAGCCCCGUGGAAAAUGAGUCACCAUGCAGUUGCUCAAAUAUGAUAAUCCCAUAUCCAAUGUAAAAAUUAAAUUGUAUUUACGCAAUUACAUAAACAAAUAACCGAAUAAAGUUGUUAUCUUGUUACAUAACGCUUAGCAUUC